AAUCUCUGUGACCCUCAGCAGCAGUAAGGCAUCUUCUUCAAGGUCUGUGAAACCAGAGCAGCUCAGGGACAGGAGCAGGAAACAAAGCAUCGGUGCAAGGGGCAAGGUAUAAUUUCGCACAGACAAUUCUUAUUUUCUUUGUAUUGUCAGACUGGCUGAAGAAGGGAGAAGUAGAAACAUCACACUGAUAGGUUCUGUAGGAAGAAGGAAGGGGGAAGUGGUUCUAAUCUAAGUGACCACGAUAUUUGCCCAAGAGAGUGAUUGGCUGGCUGUCGGAUGUCACGUUGAAAAGACCACAGCUUUUUAAACAGUGUCCAACUAGCCCAACGCUACAGUACGACACAAGGAUUAUCUCUGGACCCUAUGUCACAGAACUCAGGUGACAAUUGUACCCAGAGGACCCACACAAGGCAGCUGCUGCAAAUCGGUCACUGAAAUUCCAAGGAAUCCACAAAAAGGUUUCUCUGAAGUCCCUCAUUAUGAAUUCUUCAGCUACAUUGAUCUUCCUUCCAACUGCAGCCAGCCAGGCUCAUGGUACGAAUCACAGUGGGGCUGUGGGAAAGCCAGAGGCAUCAUAUGCUGUCCUCAAGUUCAUGGAGAGCUUCUGCCUCAUCAGCGCUGCCUGUGGGAUGGUGGGAAAUGGCAUGGUCCUUUGGUACCUUGGCUUCCGCAUCCGGAGAAACCACUUCACAGUCUACAUCCUGAACCUGGCCGCUGCUGACUUUGGGUAUCUCCUCUGCAUCGCCAUCGAGUCGGUUCAGUACCUGAUGCAGUUCAACGUGGGGGUGCAGUUUGGGAUAUUCCUCUUCCUGGACCUUUUCAUGUAUGGGACCGGCUUGUAUCUCCUCACGGCCAUCAGCAUUGAGCGGUGCCUGUCUGUGCUUUGUCCCAUCUGGUGCCGAAGCCACCGCCCAACGCUCUUGUCCGGCAUCAUCUCCGGCCUGCUCUGGGGUCUCUCCUUCCUACUGAACACGCUGGGGUAUGUUUUGUGUAUCCCUCAACCCACUACCAAGAGCUGCCAGCUUGUGCUCAUCGCCAUUGGAACCUUGGACUUCCUCUUCUGCACGCCCCUCAUGCUGCUCUUCAGCCUGACCCUCUUCCUCAGAGUCAAGUGCAGCUCCCAAAACAUCCGAACAGGCAGGCUCUUCAUUGUCAUCAUGCUCACCGUCCUCUUCUUCCUCAUUUUCGCUGUGCCACUGAGCGUCCUGGUCUUCUUUCACUUCUUGGGCCACAAAUUCCUCUACUCCCCGGAGAUCGGCUUUGUGCUGUCCUGUGUGAACAGCAGUCUCAACCCUGUCAUCUACUUCCUUGUGGGGAGCUACAGGGAUCGGAGAAUCAAGUUCACCCUCAAGCUGGCAUUCCAGAGAGCCUUUGAAGAUUCAGCAGACGACAAAGACGAACGGGAAACCCGUGACACAAUGACCAUGUCCUCCUAGUACCCUGCUGUGCCUAACACAGUAGCACUGGUCUGGAGCUGAGGGAUGAUAGUUUACAGAAACAAAGAACUCUGAGGUACCGGGGAAGCUUUCUCUCACCUAACCUUUGGCAUCUUCAUUAUAGACUUCUACCUUUUAGCUAGUGAUUUUAAGUUCCAUCUGUGGUCAGUGAAAACACAUAAGCACCUGGACACAUAAUUUAUCUGACUUGUAUUAGGACCACGUUAGAAGUGCCAAUUUCUUUUCAGUGGCCGUAAUUUCAAUUUGAUAAGGUGAGGUGUCUUGAUGUCUGAGUGGGAUUCAAGGGAAUCCCACUCAGAUUUUGCAGCUCACUCAAUAAAUCUCUGAUAUUGUUGUGCUCUAAAAUGCAAAUUCAUAAAUUCUCAGUCACUUU